CGUUGCUGGCGGACCGCGCAAACCCCGACAUUGGAAAUCUUCGCUUCCUGAACGGCUACAACGUGCGAGCCUUUGAGAAAGAUAGCUUGCGGAGUAGGUAGCGCCUUUUUUUUCCCAACAAAUAUUGGGCAGUCAUACUGACUGAUGGUUUGGUCGCAGCUCCGGAUAAGCAGCUCGAGGCGUACUAUGCGUUUGAGAGCAUGCGAGCCGGGCCCAGGGGGUGCCGAGACUCGGAGGAAUUUCUUGGCCUCCGUGGUGGCGAAAUCGUCACCGACGAGGACGAGGAUGAGGACGACCAGGAGACCGAGCCGUUGGUAGAGUUGGAUUCGGGGCUCGACUCGGACUUUGACUCUCCGGGCUCCGUCGAAAGACUCCCUCCUAGGGGCACUGCCAAGGCCGUCCAGACCAGGUCUGGCAGGCAGCCUGCUCCGGCUGGUCGACCCACUACGGCGCGUGGUCAUGGUGGGGCCGUUCGCCCUGAUCCGGUCUUUCGCGCUCCGGCGAUUGGUGAUACGGCCGUUCGCCCUAAACAAGAGGCUCGUAUGGUUUGGGUCACCAAACCCAGCGCGCAGGGCUUUCAGACCCCCCUUCAAGGUGAAAGUGGUGGUGCCGACGGGCGGUGGAUCCCUCUGUACGGCUUCCAGGGUGUUGUUUGGUUUCAAGUCGAUGCGCUCUACACCUUUGUCGACGCUGUCGACAGGCUGCUUUGCCUGGACACGCGCGCCGGCGUCACUUACAAGCUCUACCUUUUGGACAAGAAGAUAGACUACUCGAAGCCAGGAGAGAGGAAGAAAGCCGACAGGAAUCGCAACCAGACCAUCACUGUUUGGUGCAAAGGGGUUGGCGACUACGGCAACGACCGUGUCGCGUGGGAGUGGGUUCUCGACAAAUACGGCAAUGACUUGUUGAGGAAAUCGGAAAGCCCCAAGGUCCUUUUCCUUGGCUGCCCUGGGGAUCCGUUUCCCAUUGAAUGGAUGCCAAAUGACUCGCAUGGUGUUUUAGAACUCGCUCUCGCCUGGGACAAUGACAAGACCUUGAACCGACCAGACGUGGCGUACCUCCGCAUGCCCAUGAACCACCGAGACGUGCUCUGCACCAACCAGUUUGGGCCCUGGAUAUCACAGGCCUCCCGCGUGCUGGCCGCCGGCCGGCUCCCCGAUCGCCCAGGACGACCUCCAAUACCCGACGCCUUUAUCACGCUCAAGAGUCUGAGAAACUCGCUCGGCUCGUAUGGCGGUCUGACAUUUCCUCCCCAGCUUUGGCAUUAUAUUGUCGCCUCUUGGGAGGCCCAGAACAAGACGAAGGGGGGAAGCAAGCGAGUCGAGCUGCUGGCCAAGUCGCCUCAGGUUAAAAGGGGAAGAAGCGACGCAUUCCUCGUCUUCCUCCCGGGGCAAAGUCUGUACAGCGACGCCAGGGUUCAGUAUAUCGAACACGACGAGUUUAGGGAUGUUGUGUCGGUGCGUAACACGAUUUUGAACCUAGUCAUUGAGUCGUUGGGUGAAAAAAACCAUGACUUGUUCCAUUCGGUCGAGGUGCACCUCCCGGGGGAAUCCUUCUUCGUGCCAUUCGUCCCGCAAAAGGAUAGUGCAGCUAUUGUCAUUCCCAUAGAGGCCUUAUUCGCCAACAGGGGCGAUACGGAGGCCUUCAAGCCAUUGGUAGCCCGCCUGGUUCAGUGGAAGCUGUGGCUCGAGAAGAAGGCUCCCGGGGGCAAGUUUGGGGACGGGCUGAGCGUGUUUCCCCAGUUCAUCGCCAUUCGUCCCGUCUUUCACGAGUACACGGUUACGAACGGGGCCAAGUCUUUGGAGUGGAAGAAGAAUUUGACCUCUCUCUCUCAGUUUAGGCUCCUGGCACGGAGUCUCUGGCCCAAGGGGGCGCUUGGCGAGGGCGAUUUCAACUUUGUCAUGACCCAGGGGCGCCAAAUCAAGAAAAUUGACGCUGAAAUAGACAGGACCACCGAAAAGAACGACGACAGCUCGGUCUCGAGCAAGCCCCUGUUUUUCGUGACAGCGGAGACGCAAGAGGCCGAGUGGGAGAUUAUCCGCAAGCUCAUAGUCCAUCCUAAGAUCUACAUCUAUCACCUGGCGGAUCGAGAUCUCGAACCUAUAUUCACUCCGGACCAGGUCUUUGGCUAUCGCGACAUUUACAGAACCCGGAAUCAGUCUCUGGUAUACGGGCAACCGGGACUGAGUGAGGACAUGUACCCCCCCUUUACUCACUAUCACGACUGGCAAUUGUGGGGCGAGAACAUCAACGAGCACUACCAGACACUACAGCCGUGGGACGAGCAAGGUAACGCAGACGCCGAAAUCGAGGCGCUACGAGUUGAAAGCAGAAUUAUUGGCAAGGAAAGAGGACCCAGGAUGCCCGUCUUCUCACCGAACCCUCCGCCGGAGAGGUUGGGAACCGCUAACUUGCCGGAGAAAUCGGCGAGGCGGCCAAAGCAACGCCCGCUGGGCGACAUGGAGAAGGCGCAGCGCUUGCGAGAGCUGAGCUACGCCCAUCCGCUUAACGUACAGAUGAACCAAUCCAUACCCAUCAACGCGCCGCCCGUGGAUUCGCUGCUUCAUCUGGGCCAGGACAGCCUGCCCGUCGUGUCGCUGGCCGUGUUGACGCCGACGGAGAUCCGCCGGCUCCAGAAGGACUAUUUUGAGUUGCGCAGCAUCCUUCUCGGGCGCAGCCAGCGGUGUCCAUACGCGGGCUGCGGGGCCAUGUUCUCCGUCAACAGGCCGGCCGAGAUGCAACGGCACCUGCGGAACAGGCACACGGCUGAGAAGUGCAACUUUUGCGACGAGGCGCUCUACGAGCACUGGCCCCUCGAGCAACGCUACGAGCACUUUGUGCUAGAGCAUGAAGAGAUCUUGGGCUACCUCAGGGUCGGAAUCCCAGACCAGCAGGUCGACCUGCGUGUUCCGAAGCUUGCCCCCGGCCACGAGCGCCACUGGAACUACUGCGCGCGCUGCGGGCGCGACCACCACACCCUCAAGGCCCGGGGAGACCGCGCCUACCACGACUCCGUCUGCCACCCCGGAGUCGGUGACCAGCCCAACUGGAAGCUAUGCCACGACUGUGGCAAGCACAUCACAGUGGGCCGCGAAGCAGACCACGAGCACCUCGCGCCGCUCCAGGGCUCGCCGUACUGCGACAAGUGCGGCCUGCCCCUCGGCCUGUUCUCGGAGGGCUACCAGAUGAAGCACCGCGCCUUCUGCCGGGGCUACGGCGCCAACGACGCCGGCCACUGCCCGUGGUGCGCCAUCGAGCUCGAGGGCGGCAUCCUGGAGCGUGGCGAGCACAUCGAGGACUGCUCGUCGCGGCCAAACGACGAUUUCGUCGGGCCUAUCGAUCUCGAGACACUGACCUACUUCCGGCAGAGGAAGGCUCGGAAACGACACGAGGCCGAGGCGGAGGAAGAGGCGAAGGAAGAGGAUGAGGAAGAGGAUGAGGAAGAGGAUGAGGAAGAGGAUGAGGAAGAGGAAGCGGUUGAGGAAGCGAUCGAGGAAGAGAUCGAGGAAGAGCGCCAGGCACGGGGGAAGCGACGGCAGGGGCCGGCCAAGGCCGCCGAGGAUGCGCCGCUGCCACGGAAACGGCGGAAAGCGGUGCCUUCGGUCUCGCCUGAAGAGUCUGACAGAGCCCUGACACACGAAGAGAGGUGAGCGAGUUUUCCGACCCAUUUAUUCACACACAAGUCUCCUAACCCGUGUUGCAAAAAAACAGAGUGGCGAGGCGAAGACGCCGCCGCAUCCUGGACCCCAACUACCGGUACCGUCCCGAAGAAGACGUGGACGACU